CAGGUGGGCAACUACAAGCGCACGGUGAAGCGCAUUGACGACGGACACCGGCUCUGCAACGACCUCAUGAACUGUGUGCACGAGCGGGCCAAGAUCGAGAAGUCCUACGCCCAGCAGCUCACCGACUGGUCCAAGCGGUGGAGGCAGCUGAUCGAGAAAGGUCCCCAGUACGGCAGCCUGGAGAAGGCCUGGGCUGCCAUCUUCAAGGAGGCCAAGGAGGCUGAGGACGGCUUCCGGAAAGCCCAGAAGCCCUGGGCCAAGAAACUCAAGGUCGAGAAGGUCAAGAACUGGCAGAAGGAUGCCUACCACAAGCAGAUGAUGGGGGGCUUCAAGGAGGCCAAGGAGGCUGAGGACGGCUUCCGGAAAGCCCAGAAGCCCUGGGCCAAGAAACUCAAGGAGCUGGAGACAGCCAAGAAAGCCUACCACCUGGCAUGCAAGGAGGAGAAGCUGGCGAUGACCCGGGAAGCCAACAGCAAGGCAGAUCAGUCCAACACUCCUGAGCAGCAGAAGAAGCUCCAGGACAAAGUGGAAAAGUGCAAGCAAGACGUGCAAAAGACUCAGGAGAAGUAUGAGAAGGUGCUGGACGAGCUGAACAAGUGCACCCCACAGUACAUCGAGAGCAUGGAGCAGGUCUUUGAGCAGUGCCAGCAGUUUGAGGAGAAGAGGCUCAACUUCCUCAAGGAGAUGCUCCUGGAUAUCAAGAGGCACCUGAACCUGGCCGAGAGCAGCAGUCACCAAGAGGUGCCACAGCAGGCUCAGCCCAGUGCCUUGGAGGAGGAUCUGCGGUGGUUCCGCAGCACCAGUGGCCCUGGGAUGGCCAUGAACUGGCCCCAGUUUGAGGAGUGGAACCCGGACCUGACGCACACGAUAACGCGGAAGGAGAAGGAGAAGCAGAAGAAGGGCGAGGGGGCAGCCUAUUUUGUGAUUAGGCACAGCACUUGCUGUGCAAGCUCUGCUGGUGAUGGGGGCACGGGAUGUCCUCGGUGCCAGCACCGCUGUCUCCUCUGCCUACCCAGCGUGAGCAGCCACGAGCGCGCGCAGCCCUACAGCGCCGAGUGGUCUGACGACGAAGGCAGCAACUCCUUCAACACCAGUGAGGCCAACGGGGGCACCAACCCCUUCGACGAGGAGGCGGCAGGGAAGGGCGUGCGAGUGCGCGCUCUGUACGACUACGACGGGCAGGAGCAGGACGAGCUCAGCUUCAAAGCAGGUGAUGAACUAACCAAACUCGGUGAGGAAGACGAGCAGGGAUGGUGCAAAGGGCGCUUGGACAACGGGAAGCUAGGGCUCUACCCCGCCAACUACGUGGAGGCAAUCUAAGUCUUGUGGUGUGCUCCUCGUCACCGUCAGCAGAUAAAUCCACCCUCCGUUGUCUCCAUCUCUCCACCAGCCAACCAGCCAUUCUGCCGUCUGGUCCUUCACUCCUCACACUUAGAGAUUCAGACAUAUUUUCCGACCAAGCUUUUAUUUUUUUAAGAGUUGUCUCCGAAGAGUAUUUUGCAUAGUUGCUUUCUUCUAAGAUAACGUGAAGCGAGAGAUGACGUUGUCUGUUCGUCUACGUUAGUUGAUUUUUUUUCCGAGCG